GUGCUAUGGUUAUACCAUAAAAAUAUCUUCAGGGAUUUUGUACAACGAGGAGAACUCGAUGUUGGAGACGGCCUUUAAGUCUUCCGUGGACGUUGCCAAGGCCAAAAUGAUUGCUAGCGGUGUUGAGUUGGACGUCAUCAGCAAAAUAGUGCCUCUUUACGAUUCGUUCGAGACCCAGCACCAUGUAUGCGAAAUGCUCGCCGAGGGCGUGACUGGCAUGUUCGGCCCAUCCGCCGGAGACACGGCUCCCAUUGUGCAAUCAAUUUGCGACUACAAGGAAAUCCCUCACAUACAGACCCGAUGGGACAUCAACCAAAAACGAGGGUCUUGUCAAAUUAAUCUGUAUCCGCACCCGAGCACUUUGGCUGAAGCACUAAUCGAUAUUAUCAUUGCCGUCGACUGGAAGAGCUUCACCAUCAUCUACGAAAACAACGAAAGUCUAAUGCAAAUCACAAACAUCCUAAAGUCACCGCCGACCAAUCAUCCUAUUCGCAUCAGACAGCUCAGUCCAGGACCUAAUUAUCGAAAAGAACUUCGUGAGAUUAAAGAUUCCGGAGAAACAAAAAUACUACUAGACUGUUCGUUCGGCAUAUUGUCGGAAGUGCUGUUACAAGCGCAGCAAGUGGGCCUUAUGGGAUCUGAACACAAUUUUAUAAUCGCGUCUCUGGACAUGCACACCUUGGACUUGGAUGCGUUCAAGUACAGUGGCACCAACAUCACUGGCAUGAGGUUGGUGAAGCCACUCGACAGCGAGUUCCAAGACACCGUGUCGCAGUGGACAGACAAUUUAAGCCCGCUCGAACCCGAUGACAAAACUGUGUUGCCCGAGACUAUCCAGGUUCGAAUGUAGCGAUCGUCGACUAUA